CCCUCACUCACUUUCCUUCUCCUUUCUUGCGAAUUGCGGAGUGCUUUGCCAGACUCUCUCUCUCUCUCGGCCUGGGAGACCUUGGACCCCGGUCAGAAGAGCUCCAUAGCGGGACAACUGCAUUCCUACCUGGUCCAACUUCGCCGUCUGAAAGGGACUUACAUUGGUGCUGCGGGUCAUGGCAAGGCGUGCAUCGGGCAGCGCGCACCGAUCGAAGGCGGUCCCUUUGACUCGGAGCAACAGUUCAAUACCUUCAUCCUGGAAGACCUGGUGAAAUUACCCGAGGUGCUCCAGCACUAUGCCAAACAUGCGUUGACGGACAAUCAUGAGAUCGUUUUCACUCGUGGCGACUUUGCCCCCCCGCAAUAUCCUGGUGGAAGGGGACCGGGUCACGGCUGUUCUGGACUGGGAAGAUGCUGGCUGGUAUCCCGAAUAUUGGGAGUAUAUCAAGGUCAUGCAGCAUCUAAAGCCGAUGCCUGACUGGCCGGAUUACUUGACGGUGAUACUCCCACCUCGGUACGAGAAAGAAUAUCUAGGAAUGGCAUUUCUUGCUCGUCUCCUGCGCCACUACAUCGAUUACCCAGCACCAUGAUCAA